UUUUACAUUUUUUUUUUAGUUUUUAUAGAUCUCCUUUAAUAAAAAAUUAAUAACAGAGAUUAUAUCCGUUUUGUUAUUAUAAGUUCAAGUUUAUCGUAACGAUUCUUUUGAUAAGAGAAUGAGUCACGUACCUUCCUCGCCAAUGGAGGACGCUCCGUUGCUUACGGACUCUAGAACUCCUAAUGAUCCCGAAAAUGACGAAUCUCACCUUGGUAAUAAUGAAGGUGGUAACAUACGCGGUCCACGCACUCGCGAAGCUCCACGCGACCACACAAAUUUCUUACCUCGUCAUGGGAGAUUCUCUAAACUAGAAGUGUUCUUGGCUUUAAUUAGUGUCUUGCUAUUAAUACUUAUGAGUGUUUUCGCUGGUUUAUACGCCGGGAAGGCAAAUAAACAUAUAAUAUCUCCAGAACCUCCACAACCGCCUAUUAUAGUUCCACCAAACGAUACCACAAAGAGUCCUUGUCUUACUCCAGAUUGUGUAAUUAUAGCUGCUCAGAUUAUUAACGACAUGGAUUUAACCGCAAACCCCUGUGACGAUUUCUUUCAAUAUUCUUGUGGAGGCUGGAUACAUAAUCAUGUAAUACCAGAAGAUAAAGGGCGCUACAGCUACUUUGAUAGUUUAUAUGAAGAUAAUCAGAAAUUAUUAAAGGAAAUUCUUGAAAAUGACUUUGAAUCAUCUAAUAAAUUUAAACAAGGUCUCCCGCCACCUUCAGAAGUAAUAGACAAACAAAAUUUUUAUAAACUUCAAUCUUUUUAUCAAUCUUGCAUGAAUGAAUCUUUAAUUAAUGAACUUGAUGCAAGGCCUUUGAUACCAAUAUUAAACAAAAUUGUUGAAGAUUUUCCCGUAGAUCCUAAAUAUUCUUUAUUGUAUAAUUUUGGACAUUUGAGUGAGAUGGAAGAUAUAAGAGGUCCUUCUCCUAAUCCCUUAAAUUUAACAAAUAUAUUAUCUCGCCUUUCUACCUUUGGCAUAAAACCAUUGUUUGAAUUUUUCGUAGAUGCAGAUGCAAAGGAUCCAAAAAAUAAUGUUUUGUAUUUAUCUCAGUCUGGUCUUGGUUUACCUUCCAAAGAGUAUUAUGAGGAAGAAGAGAUAUUAUCAAUAUACAAAGAUGUUAUGAUAACAUUAUUAGAUAAGGCUUUAGAUUAUAAUAGUAAUAUUUCUCUUCCAUUUUAUAAUAAUUUCAAUGCAUCACAAGAUCUAUUUGAAGAUAUUUUGGAAUUUAGUACAGAAGUAUUGUUAUAUGAAGAAUGGGAAAACAAUGCUCUAAAAAUUAUAAAUUUUGAGAAAAAAUUAGCAAAAAUAUCUUUAUCAGCUGAAGAAUUUUCUGAUCCUGAGGCAACCUAUAAUAAUCAAACUAUAGUAUCACUAAAUAGGCUUAGUCCUGCUUUUCUUUGGUCUCAAUAUAUUAGUUCGUUAUUACCUCCAACAUCAGAUGGUUUUCCGUCUAGAAUAAUCUUAACUUCUAACAAAUAUUUUAAAGACCUCUCAAAUCUUGUCAAAGAAACUCCAACUGAAACUUUACAACUUUAUUUCAUAUGGCAAGCAAUUUAUACUUAUGCUGAUAAUUUAAGUGAAAAUUUUAGAGCACCUCUAAGAAAAUUGAGGGCAAAAAUUAGAGGAACCGAUGAGACAGUUAAACCAAGAAGAUGGGAAGAAUGUCUUAAAUCAGUUGACAAUACUUUAGGUCUUAUGGCUGGCAGAUAUUUUGUAUUGAAAGUAUUUGGAGGUCAAAGUAAAGAAAUGGCAGAUCAAAUAAUUGUCUCCCUUAAAGACUCAUUUAUUAAUCGAUUACCACAGCUUGAUUGGCUUGAUGAAGAAACGCGUAAAAAAGCGAUCGAUAAAGUUAAUCAUAUUAUUCAAAAAAUUGGAUACCCCACUUCAUCACCUGAUACUAUGUCACCACAAUCUCUAGCUGAAUACUAUGCAAAGAUUGAAACCAAUGAAAAUAAAUAUUUUGAAAAUCUUUUAAGUGCUCAGGCCUGGGCUUCUAGUAAAAAAUGGAGUGAAGUUGGUAAACCUGUAGAUAUUGGUCAAUGGUAUAUGACUCCUCAAACAGUUAACGCAUAUUAUAAUCCUACUGCUAAUGAAAUCGUAUUUCCGGCUGGAAUACUUCAAUCCCCGUUUUUCAGUGCCAAGGCUCCAGAAUAUGUUAAUUUUGGGUCGAUUGGUACGGUUGUUGGACAUGAGCUCACGCAUGCAUUUGAUAAUAAUGGGAGAAAAUAUGACGCGAAUGGUAAAUUAACUCAGUGGUGGUCUAAUACUACAAUUGAAGCUUUCAAGGAAAAGGCACAAUGUUUUGUGUAUCAAUAUGGUAAUUACACCGUUGAUGAUCCAAAAGGGAAACACGUAAACUUGAAUGGGAUUUUAACUCUUGGUGAAAAUCUUGCCGAUAACGGAGGCCUUAAACAAGCUUUUCAAGCAUGGCUAACUCGAUUUGAAAGUGACAAGGAUAAUAAGUAUAAUAAUCAAUUAUUACCUGGAUUACAGAAUUUGACUCGAGAACAAUUAUUUUAUAUAUCAUUUGGACGUGCUUGGUGUUCAAGAAUAAGACCAGAAACUGCUGUAGAAAGGAUUCGAGUUGACCCUCAUUCACCAGCAAAUUGGAGAGUUAAUGGUGUAUUAAGAAAUUCAAACCAUUUUACCGAAACAUUUAAAUGUCAUUCAGGGUCAAAAAUGAAUCCCGUAGAUAAAUGUUCUAUGUGGUAAAAAAUAAUUAAUAACAAAUUUUAGUUUGAUUGUAUUAUAUAUAUAUCUUUUUAUUUUAUUCAAGUUUAGAGUGGGUUAUUAUAUAUAUAUAUUAUAAAAUGUAUCAUGUAUUUAUUUUUUUUGUUUAAUAAAAUUAGUUCUGUA